CUACCGUCAGCUGAGACGCACUGACAAUAACAUUCAAUAGGAUCAGUGAACCAAUCGUUGCCACCAUCACUGCUACAGCUAUGCCCAUUGCAGAUCUUUUGGGAGUCCAGUUCGACAUGCAGCUGCUGUUGAAACUGAGUCUCUCUGUGGCUGCGGUGCUGCUGGUUUCUUGGGCCUACAGGUUCUACAGCUCCAGGGAUGCAAAGAAAAUUCCAGUCUGUGUCAAAGACAACAAAGAGCCAGAAAAUGCAACCUGCCAAAACUGCAAGACAACACUACGAUUUCAAGACUCACCAAAACAUGACACAGAUGAUGGGGGCAAGCAACUCAGACCCUCGCACACAGACUCAGCUACUGAUGACCUGACAUCUGACAGCACCAAGGAAACGGCAGCAGAAGCUUGUCCACGCCAAGAGAGUGGGAUGGUCAGUACAACGGGCCGCCGCUCCCCUUGCUUUUUGCAGAAGCUGGAGGGCAGUGUGGGUGUGGGCAGGGAGUUAAGGCAGGACUUGGAGCGCCAGGGGGCCUACUCCAGCUUCCUCUCCAAGGCAGAGAUCAAAGUGAAGGAUGCUAACGUGGUACUGGAAGGAACAGGAGACCAGAUUGUGCGCGGAAAGAUAUAUGAUUAUUAUGUUGAGUCUUCCUCUCACUCGAUUACAGACUCAAAUACUGUGCUGGGUCAGUUUGAGAGAAACUGUGAGUCGCAGCCAGUGGAGUUUGGAAGUCAUGGCAGCAGCCUCACAGAAUCUCCUUCCUCCCUGAGCCCCAUCAUUAUGCGUGAUCUGGUUUUACCACAAAGCACUGCUGAGGAUCCCUCCACACUUGGAAACCUCAAGCUGAGGCACCCUGCAAGGCCUGUACUCCUACGCAAGGAGAGCUAUCUGUCUGCAGCUGAGCAGUCUGAGCUUUCCAUCCCCUUUCUAACAUCAAGAGCCUCAACUCCAAUGACUAACUCUCCAGCCUCAACCAGCGAUACCAUCUAUGUUCACACUAUGAUCUUUAGCUCUACAGACAGCAAAGAUCUUAAUAUGAGGGAGAGGGCAGAUCUAGAGACUGUAGCAGGGGCUCCAUUUUUACACCUUCCAGCAAAAAUUCUUAACAGCACAGAUUUGGAAAGCUUGAAGAGUAAACUUGAUCUGGGUAACUGUUUGGAGACACUGUAUCUGGCCAAGAAACAUGGCCAGCCCGCUGUGCAGCAAGCAGCCCUGGGAGUCAUGUCAGACAACUACCUCCAGGUGCUCAGGGACCCCAACCUUUAUGGGCGGCUAAUGGCUGGUGAGCGGGAACAAAUCCAGAAGCAGAGAAUGAGAGGGAGAAGGUUCGUCAUGGUGGCAGAUAUGGACCCUCAAGACUGGGCAAGGAACACAGGAGGGCCGACAGCAGAAACAGAGCAGAGGAGGACAUCCAGUGCAGUGUACUAUUAUGAUGACUACAAAGACACCUGGCAUACACUCUGCCUGAUCCCACAGGAGGUCAUCUCUAAAGCCUGUGCCAUGUGCACAAUGGAUAACUACUUAUUUGUGACAGUGGGCUGCCAAGGCACAGACAGAGAAAUGACACCCUCAAAGCAAGUGUUUUGCUACAAUCCUUUGACAUCCAUUUGGAAGGAGAUCAGUCCUAUGAAUGAAGCCAGGCCCCGCUGCAAACUGGCAGCUCUCGAGGGCUACAUCUACGCCAUCGGAGGGGAGUGCCUCUCCUCAGUGGAGCGCUAUGACCCACGUUUGGACAGAUGGACAUUUGUGGCUCCACUGCCUAAUGAUACAUUUGCUGUGGCACAUCACGUCACAGUGUGCAAUGGAGAGCUUUUUGUUUCUGGGGGAACACUUAGAUAUAUCUUACUGCGCUACAGCCCCAAAACCAACACCUGGAGGCCAAGUCUGUUAGUAGGUAGCAAAGACAGAACUGCAGAUAUGGUAGCUGUGGGGAGAUUUUUGUAUCGGUUUGAUGUUAACCCACUGCUGGGUGUCAGUGUAUAUCGCUACCAUACAGUAGCUCGACUGUGGUAUGAGUGCAGCUCCAAACGGCUUCUGCGCUGCCCUGCCUUCCAGUGUGUCACGAUGGAUGACACAAUCUAUUGUGUCAGCCGCCAGUUCACCAUGAAGUUUGAGGCUGAUGAGAUCUCUCCUGCUUUCAUAGAUGAGAAUUUGAGUGUCCUCUCUGCAGCGAAGGGCAUACUUUUCCCCUUUGUCCUUUCACUCCCUGAUAAGAAGCCUCGGCAGACUAGUGUGUAAUGAGGACUCAGUUUUCCAUUGAUGAUAAGAUUAGGUGGUGAUGGAGUAUCUCUACAAGAGCAUGUGUUACAUCAAGUUUCUUGUUGACUUACUGGGUUUUUCUUCCAUGUUUAUGUCCAACCCAGCCCAACCCCAAAUGUUAUUGCAAAAUUGUAACCACUGUGUUGUCAUUUAUUUGACAUGUUACUAAGAUCACCUUUACACACAGCUUCUGUUUCUGGAACUAAUUUGUUUUGUUGGAUUGGCUAUUGCACAAGGAAAUGUGUGUUUUUUAUGUCUCGGUCCUUUGCAGUAGAUGUAAUAUAUUAGACUCUUAAUGGUAGUCAAACUACUGUUUCCUUAGAUUUAUGCAGGAUGUGCUGCCAUGUAAACUGUUUGCUUCUUUGAUUUGCCACUCCUUCCUGCCAUUAAGUUAGUUUUAUAUCAUCCCAGAUGCUUAACCUCUUUAGCUGUAAAGAUAAUUCAUAAGAGUAAAUGAGUUCAUUCAACUCUAACAUAUUACAGAGAAUGGGAAACAUAGUGAUAAUGUAUCACUGCUCCACUGUGUAGGGCACAAAUAUAACUUACACAAUGGCCUGGAUACAAUGCAAUUAUCUACAGUUGCUCUUUAAAUAUGACAGGGUGUAAAUGGUUUUGUCAUGCAAUAUAAAUAGGUAAACUCCUAAAAGCAUUUGUCACUACUUUUGAAACUCCUCUAACACUCAGAUUAUAUAAUUAUAAUUUUAGUCACUCUUCACUGGUAGCCAUUUGUUUAAAUUUUGACUUGCUGGAUUUUUUUGUUAAU